UCUGUGCAGAUUAGCAACAACUUUAGACACUCCUGGCUGUAGUGAACUGUUCACACAUUUAUUGACAUUCUGUGAUAGUUCUUAGAGUUGUUACUAUUACUGAGAACAGACAGCAGUCCAUAACCCUUUCAUUCAUCUCUGUCAUAACCUGUCGCAUUCAUCUCUAACAAACAUUCUAGAGCCAAGAUGUUUCAGUUUACUCCUACCAAACCAGCUGUGAUUACAGUUCUGCUACUAAAUCUUGCAUUGACCCUGGUCGUUACUUCGGAAUAUAGAGAAACUUUUUUCAAACGACUGGUCCCUGGUUAUUCCUACAGCUACAUUGGUUCAUCUUCUGGAGAGAAAUUCUAUCCAAGUCAAAGUGUAUUACAAUGUGCAGCAAUCUCUUUAAAAAGUGAUUCAGCAUUCUUUAGUUAUAACAAAGAAAGUCAUUUAUGUAAGAAUUACUCACCGAAUAUUAAACUGACAGUAAACAGUACACAGGACAGCGACGAAAAAUUCUUUUACAGAACUGGUAAAUGGAUUAAAGUCUAUGCUGUGUCAAUGAAAGCUGGUUCGAAUGUCUAUGAUUCCUUUCUUAACAAAGGUAAUUUUUCCUCAUGGAAUGUAGACAAAUGUAACGGUACCUUUUGCCCUAACUUCUUCCGGCAUUCUAUCAUUGACUCCUGGAAUCAUCUUCCGAUUGAUGAGGUAAAACUCGUAAUUUACAAAAACCAAUCGGCUAUUGUAAAUAUGGUGUUUGAAGGUCGAAAUUCAAACAUUGAAAACUGGUUCUCUAUCACAAAUCUGAAAAGCUCCCCAUGGCAUGAUCUAACUCCAGGCAACGUUCCUGUGUUCUCACUUCAAGGAAAUAACUUAAACCGCUACUUCUAUAUAGGGCGUUUCGAAGGUGCGUGUGAGGCAGAUCGUGGCUGGCUGGUUGUUAUUCAAGGUCCACGCACAUGUCCAUAUGCAGUUUUACAGCAUUACCCUUCAAUUUUCUAUGCCAGCACGGAUUCCCAAACCACCUGGGCAAGCGGACCUGGAGUGGCUGAUUCCUUGGCUAUAUUUAUCCGUUUGAUUCCAAACUGACCAAUCACACGAUCUCUCUUGCUACUAUUAUUGUUGUUGUUGUUGUUAACAUCUAUGCUUACACGAUGACCAUCAUCACUGACAAUAUGUCAAGCGUCACUUAAAAUUCAAUAACCAACUCAAUCCUUCAGCAAUCUUUUGUUAUCAAUCACUUUUACUAUUUCUCUCCAUCUAGAGUAACACAAUUAUUGUUAUUAUUUAACACCCUGUUAAUUGUCAUCAAGAUCUAUAAUAAAAAGC